CCGCGGAGAGCGAGGCGCGAUGCCGGUCCGGUGUCAGGAGAGUACGGUACUGGCAGGUAGCGCCACUUUGGUCACCUUGGGGGUAAUGGCUCUAUGCGCCUCGGAGCCCUGGCCCUACGGGAAGUACAGCAAGAGGUCUGCGCCCGAGGCCACGCGCCUGCCCGCCCGCGCCGCCUGGUUCCUGCAAGAGCUGCCUUCCUUCUUGGUCCCCCUAGGGAUCCUUGUCCAGAAGCCCGGCUUUCUCUUCGGACCUCCCGAGGCUGUGCUUCUGGGGCUCUUCUGCGUGCAUUACUUCCACAGGACUUUUAUUUACUCACUUCUCACUAGAGGGAGGCCUUAUCCAGCCUUGUUCCUUUUCCAAGGAAUAGUCUUCUGCAUUGGAAAUGGACUCCUUCAAAGCUACUAUCUGAUUUUCUGUGCAGAAUACCCUGAAGAGUGGUACACAGAUGUUCGGUUUAGCUUGGGUGUCUUCCUAUUUAUUUUGGGAAUGGGAAUCAAUAUUCAUAGUGACUAUACCUUGCGCCAGCUCAGAAAGCCUGGAGAAGUCACCUACAGGAUUCCACAAGGUGGCAUGUUUACAUAUGUUUCGGGAGCAAAUUUCCUUGGUGAGAUUAUUGAAUGGAUUGGCUAUGCCUUGGCCACUUGGUCUGUUCCUGCACUUGCUUUUGCAUUUUUCUCGUUUUGUUUCCUUGGGAUUCGAGCUGUUCACCACCAUAGGUUCUACCUCAAGAUGUUUGAGGACUACCCUAAGUCUCGGAAAGCGCUUAUUCCAUUUAUCUUCUAAAGAAACCAAGUCAAACAGGAGCAAACCUCCCACAAUGACAGUGAAAACUGUCAAGCUGCUAAAACUGUGAUUUGUGAAAUUCCACUCUAUACAUAUAGUAAAUGUAUACAUACCUGUAUACGUGUAAUUAUGCAUAUAUCCAUAUGAUCCAUACAUAGGAGUAGGUCUCUUGUUCUGCCUGCCGGCCUGGGAAUUCUCAGUGGUGCCUGCUUAGUUUCCUCCUACCCUGCCAGGGAGACUGGCGACUGGAGACCCAGUUUCCUACUGCAGCUUCAGAAAGGUUUUUCCAGAUGAAAAAUCUCCUUAGCUAUCCCUGCUAUAAAUACAAAGCUUCCCUCCAUGUGUUUUUCUCCCUGAAUGAUCCAAAUCCAUGCGGCUUUCUCCUACUCUGAAUCUGUGUGGUACACCUCUGUAGUUGAGACUGUUUGGGGCUAAGGUAGUGCUCAGGAGCUUACUAAGGUAUACAUUUUGUACUUAUACAGGACAGCAGAGAUUUAAAUUGUGAAUAGAUGCAGAGCAUAGCCACUCCUCAAUGAAAACCUAGCCAUGCCUUCUCUUCGUUUGUUCAUAUAAAAUAGCAGGUGUUUAAUAAAGAAGCCUUCUGCUUAUGUGGCUGAAAAUAUAACUGGCAUGUUGACUCUAAGUAACAUUUGCAUAGUGUCU